AUGGAUUCGCCGAAACAAGCAAAUGCUGCUCAGCUGGCGGCCCGCAGUAUCAAAGCAAAACCUAAAGGCAGGUUAAAUAACCAGAAAGCUGGCUUCGCGCCCGUGCAAAAUAACAACUCUAAUAAUAAUGCUGCCGUUGGUGGAGGAGGUGGUGGCGGUCUAUUCGGUGGAAGUAUAUCUGCUCCUGGUUCAUUCAACUUCGCAGCGCCAUCCGGAACACCAAGUUUCACUCCUUCAUUUGGAAACUCAACAUCCAAUCAAUUUGCUGCGCCCGCAAACGAAGACCACCGGCCAGAUACUACAGGUGAAGAAGCUCUGCGAAAGGAAAAGGUGUUCAGCAGUGGAUUCAGAUCGGGCGUUGGAAAUGAAGAGGCCUUGUUUGCUUCUCAUUCCCCAUACCAUCAUAACCAACAACCGUCAAAUACCCUAGACGCCUCGAAUAAUACACAAGCACCAAGUCUGUUCGGCGGAGCAAACGCGACACAGCCAAAUGGAGGUGGAUUACAAUUUGGAUCGUCAACAUCGCAGAAUCAAGCAGGAAGUUCAAUUUUCGGUGGCUUCAAUUUUACACCUACAUCACAAGCCACAAACAACAGUAGUAAUUCUACAUUUGCGUUCGGUUCCUCAUCACAAACCCCAAUCAACAACAGCACUCCAGCUUUCAAUUUUGGUGCGGCGAAUUCUGGUCAGGCAGAAAAUUCUCUGGCUUUUGGCGCAAAUUCAACUUCGAAAACGCAAAAUCCUUUCACCCAUGAAAAUAAAAAAGCAAGUAAUUUUGAUUGCGACCCUUCAUCUUUUUCCGUUCUUGAUAAUUCCAAUUUCUCUUGUUCAACAACUUUCCCUACUAAUCAUUUCCACAAUCCAAUUUUUGACCAACAGUUCUUUUACACAAACGAAGAUAGCUCAAACAUGUUUGAAGACUACAAAGUAGAAUAUCCCGGAGAUGUUGGGCAAGCGCCAGCACAAAGUUUCCAAAUUCAGUAUCCAAUAGGUCAAUUAGCAUUGGCCGCCAAUAUUAGCUAUCCUGAAGGUCUACCAGCCACAACAGCAACUAGCUCCAUCUUUGGCAACACACCUUUGCUAGCGGCCCAUCGUGCUAACCCACUUCAUUUUGUACAGGACGAUUCAAAGACCUCUUUCGGACAGAAUAAUACCAACAAUUCUUUUGGUGCUCAAAACAACUCUUUUGGCGGUUCCUUUGGUGGUUCCUUUGCAAAUCAAGCCAACACUAGCUUCACUGGUCUCAAUUCUACCAAUGUUGCCCCUCAAAACUCCCAGAGCCUGUUCGGCAACAUGGCGGCAGCGACAUCUGCUCCGCCUUCCCCGAAUGUUUUCACCUCGUCGUUCCCCGCAACCACAUCCGCUCCAAGCACCACAAACAUGUUUGGAAGCGCUGCUUCUUCAUUCCCUACUGCAUCUGCACCAAGCACUACAAAUUUGUUUAGCAAUGCUAAUUCGUCAUUCCCUCCUGCCACUGCUUCAACCACUCCCCUUUUUGGUGCUGCUAAGCCUGCCGAAUCUACUACACCUGCUGUGACUGCUCCACUUUUUGGUGGCCUUAGUAAGCCUGCCGAUUCAACUCCAUCGGCUCCAAGCACUUCAUUAUUCGGUGGUUUCAAGCCUACAGAAUUGACUCCUUCCGCUGCAAGCACUUCAUUUUUUGGUGGUCUUAAACCUGUCGAGCCGACCCCAUCAGCAUCGGGUAACUCCCUUUUUGGUGGUUCCAAGCCUACUGAUCCAACUCCAGCUUCUUCAAGCACAUCAAAUAUAUUCGCCAAACCCGCAUCAACACCUACUCCUGCAUCAACUUUCACUGGCUUCAGCAAACCUGCGGAAUCAACUGCAGAUCUCUUUAACCGUAACAAUCAGAGCAAUGGCCAAAGCAAUAAUUUGUUUGGAUCAAAACCUGCAGAAGAGCCAAAGGACAAGCAAACUCUCAAUCUUUUCAACAAACCCGUCGGGCAACAACACUCUGAGCAGAGUGCAAUGGACAACACGACGGAAAAGACUCCAGCAAAGACCCCAGAUGCUCUUUUCGCAGGCUUUGGUAAGGCAAAUUCCUCGGCAGAAUAUCAGCUCGGCGGUGCCACCAAGGAACAAUCUCUCGCCGCUCCGUCCGAUGGCCAAGGUGCGUCUUCAUUCAAAGUUCGUGGUAGUGCCGAGGCAUCCGCUUUGAAUAACGCUUCUUCUAUUUUUAAACCAGUCGAUGCUUCUGCAGACGCGGCACAUCACCCAAACAAUGCGCUUGGUAGCUUUGCUUCUCAAGCACAAGGCAGGCAAGCCUCGGACGAAUCGCCAGACAACACUUCUGUUUCCAACUCGCUCGUUCUGAGUGCCCCUACAAAUUCAUCCUCGCACCCCACUCUCCCUGAUAAUAAAGCACUUGCUCCUGGUAGAUUGUCCGAUUUCGAGUUCCAAGUUUCAGAACCUACGGACUUGGAGAUGGAGAGAAAUAUGCCUCCCAGCUUUGAUAUAGUGCAACGAAACGAAUUCAAGGCACUUUGGCGUAUCGCAUCCGUGCAGAGAGCAAUGGCAGCCUACUUCCAUCAUCUACCGCCUGGCGCGGACCCAUCGAAGGGACUGGCGUGGAUGGAGGCUAAAAAGAAAGAGAUUCUCGCAGAACAUAAGAUUGAUUACAUUUCAAACAAGCGAGGUAGAGCACAAGCUGGUCUUGAGAACGACGAGAACCAAGAAAACAUGAGUCCUCAGAAGCGAAUCAGACAAGACAAAGAACGCCCGCAUCGUGUUCCGAGCCCUGAAAAGCGCCCGCGAAGUACUCGGAGCCCUGAUAAACGCUCACGUGCGACAAAUGAGUCCGAGUCUGACCUCAAUGGCAACUCGGUGCUAAGAGCACCAAAACUUCAGCCUGGUCGUUCGUCCAGCCGAAGUAGAUCACCUUCCAGAAGCGCCGCUUUAGAACCAUCUCCAAAUAAGAAGAGAAAGAAUGAGACUCAAUUGGAAUCAGGUGAUGGUGAAAGUGGGGGACAUAAGAAGAGAAAGCCUGAGCAGCCAAGUCAAAACGAGAUAGCUGAAAGUGGUAGCAGCAAGAAGAGAAAGCCUGAGGUUUAUUUGACUCAAAAUGAUCCUGAAGGAAUCGAAGAUGGCAAGAACAGCAACAAGAGAAUAGUUAAUGGUUCUAGUUCAAGCACCUCUAACAUGUUCAAGAAUAUCUUGGACAGCCCAGAGAGAAAGACGCGGGCAUUGCCUGGAGCUGUUAAGGAAUCCGUUCCUGCUCCAGCAGAGGCACCUACUGCCAAUCCAUUUGGAAAUCUGGCAGGUGCUUCUCCUAUCAAAUCUAACACCGGCACAACCUCUACUACACCCAGCAAGCCUCCAGCAUUCAAAUUCACGCCUACCUCCACCACACCUACCACGUCUCCAACCAAAGCACCCAUCUUUACUGGUACUAGCGGUAUCAAGCCGCCUGCCUUUUCUGGUACUCCUGCUGGUGGCGUUCAGCUACCUACCUUUUCAAGUGCCCCAGCUGAUGGUAUUAAGUCACCUACCUUUUCGGGUGCUCCAACUGGUGGUAUUAAACCACCUACCUUCGCUGGUGCUCCUACUGGUGGUGUUAAGCCACCAUCUUUCGGAAGCGGACCUGUCAACUUCAUGGCCCAAUUUGGCCAAAAAGCAGCUGAAAGUGCAGAAGAUAAUGAGAAGUUGUUAAUGCAAAAAGCUAAGGACGCCGACUUCGAUUCCGAGGAUGACGAUGAGGCUGAAUGGGAGGCCAAUUACAAAAAGAAGAGAGCUGCGGAGCUCAAAGAAUUGGAGGAGCUUGCAAAGAGCAAGGCUCCUAAUUUCCUCGUCAAAUCCACUGGAACUACAAAGUCCAUCGAAGCAAAAGAAACUGCGAAGCCAACAGCUACAAAUAUUUUUGCACCAGCCGCCAAUACUAAUUCUACGCCAUUGUUUGGACAAGCUAAAUCUACUACCGGAGCUGCUGAGAGUAUCUUCAGUUCAGCAAACGCAUCAGGAACAUCAACUCCCAACUUGUUCUCUGGCGCUGGAUCCGUCCUUGGCAGUGCUGCAAAGACAUCUUCAUUUGCCGGCAACCCCUUUGCACAUCUUUCCGAUGCGGACUCAAAUAAUCAAAAUGACGGAGAUGAUGAAAGUUCUGACGAUGGUUCUGACGGCGAAAAUGAAAAGAAGGAUCCAAGCUAUAAACCAAAUACAAGCGAUGACACUUCAAGUACACCUAGUGCCUCCGUUGAUGAGUCUGGUUCUAGCAUUACCUCCAAAAAAGCAGUUACUGAGCCCCCAAAGCUGAAUUUGUUCGGCUCAACUGCUAGCUCUGGUGCAACUACGCCCACUCCCGGUGCUGGUGGGAGCCUUCUCAGCCGUAUGACUAGAGAUCCUGUGUCAGAGGAGAACGAGAAGCCGGCACCAAAGCCAUCCACGAAUAUGUUCGGUAGUUCUGUCGGGACAACUUCUGUUACUCCAGCAGAUAAAACUUGGAAGCCAGAUACACCAAUUAAAUUUGGUAGUACUCCACCUUCUGCCCCUGCUGCCCCAACAUUUAACUUCACUGCUUCUACUCCAACAAAGCCGGUAAACAGCCCAUUUGGCGGAUUGUUUGGUAAUUCCGGAGCAUCUACUCCUGUUCUCUCUAAUGGACCUACCACUACUACAGGAUUUCAGUUUGGUGGUCCUCCGUCUGCUACAUCUUCUUUAUUCCCUUCCGUGGCAGCUUCCGCAAAUACUUCUCGAGCUACCUCACCCGGUGCAACCACCGAUGGUGCCACUGAUGCCGAUGACAAUGAUCCCGAAAAAGUCCAUGCUCAGGUAAACCUUUUGGAAUCUAAUCCAGGCGAGGAAAAUGAAGAUGUCAUCCACUCUGUUCGAACUAGGGCGUUGAAGUUCACUCCAAGGGAGGAAGGUGACGAGAAAUCUCCAUGGGACACUAAAGGCGUGGGGCCAUUGAAGGUACUUCGUCACAAAGAAACCAAGGCUACUCGAAUUCUUUUGCGAAGUGAUCCAUCUGGAUCUAUUAUACUCAAUAAAUCACUUCUUUCGCAGGUCAAAUAUGAAGCUAGCGGUAAGACCCUCAAGCUUAUGACAGUCGGUGAUGAUGGGAAGGGUUUGCAAACUUGGGUUCUUCAAGUAAAGGGAAAUGAAUUGGCGGAAGAGCUGGCUAAGUGUUUGGAGGAUAACAAGGUCAACAACAAUUGA